AUUAUUUCAUUUCAUUUUUUCUCAAAUUAAAUGAAAUAAUAUAAUAAAAAUGUUUCUCUAUGUGUAGCCUAUAUACAUCUAAUACUUUUUUAUAUUGACAAAUUCUCACCUUUAGUUGAGUAAAAAUACAUACUUUUACUUUAGAGCAAGUUUGGCUGUAGUACCCAGAUCUGGUUUUACACAACAAAAUAACGGCUAAAUAAAUAAAUAAAUGAGAUCAACAUAAUAAGCUAAAUAACCCAGGACAAAUUAAGUCUUUGCUCUAGUACAGUCAGAGCAAAGCUACCCUACUUCUAACAGAAUUUAUUAACAUAAGCACGAUGUAUAAAGUUUGAAAUUAAAAAUAUAAGAGCAGUAAACAGUGUUUCUGGUGCAAAGCUGUUUUUACCCUUAUUUGCUUUACAGUGUAAAAUUAUAUUUUUUGUGUAAAAACAAUAAAAUAAAAAUGUAUAAUAUAUCAAAAAAUGGGGAUAAACAAAUACAUCACUCAAAAACGCUGUUUUUGUUCAUGGCUGAGAGAUGUGCUACCAUCCCCCACCUCAAAUCAGGCAAGUGGUUUCACCACAUACGUCAGGAAGUCAGGUGUGCAACAUGUAUCUUCACCCAACAAUGCAGGAACAAACCUUACCACUUCCUAAGCACAAGUUAGAGCAAUUUCUCUGUACUGUAGUGGCAAAAACAGGAUGGAAAAUUUUUCUAUGUAGAAUAAAAACACAGACAUACACACACAAAAAAAAAAAUCUGAGUGGAAAUUUGUAUGAUAUGGAACCUUGACUUUAGUUUUCAGACUCUUCCAACAUACAGACAUCAGGUCUAAAAAUAUGAACUUCUGGUGCUCUGGUCCUCUGUCAGACCGGGACAGCUGUGGCUACAGGGUAGUGCACCUUGGCAUCAUGUGUGUGUGAAUGGGUGAAUGUGUGAAUGGGUGAAUGUGGUGUGAAGCGCUGGACAUAUACAGGCCAUUUACCAUAUUACGUUUGUAUAAAGUUGACAUUUUUUUUCUAAGGUAGUCAUUGCUUCUGGAACUAUGAUAUAUCCUCUUCAACUAUUUUCAUGAUAUAUUACUCUUAACUCAACACUUUCAACUCCUUGCCAUAAUUAGCAACAAUAAAAUCGAACCUGUCAAACUACAACUCAUCGUGUCCUGCCGCUUUCACUCAGUAUCACGACUGACGCACCAGCAGCUGCUGGCUUAUUUGUGUUUCACAAUCUUUUAUGUUGCUGAUCUGUCGGUGCAUCAGAUUUCGUGAUUCAUAGAAUUUGUAUUGUUCAGGUUUGAAUCCAGUUCUUCUUCUCCUCAAGCAUAAGAAUAAGUACUGCUACCUGCCUCUGUCUUUCAUCAAACUCAACACUCCCUACAGAUUUCUUUAGUGUUCCACACAUUUACAUCCAGAUGGUUCUGUAAUUUUAAUCUUUCUAUAUAUUUCUUUUUUUUAGUUUAGGAGCAGAAUGGAUGAGAUACAAAAGCAUAAACAGAGGAGGCCAUCUGUGCUGCGUCACGUUCCACAGGCAGCUUCCAGACAACAACAUGACAGCAGUGGAUCUGGUUCUCUCUGUAAAGAGGAGGUGGACACAGAGCAUCUUUCCUGGUCAAAUUCCUCUCUGAUGCUGCCAAACCCAAACCUUUAUCUGCUGUCACCGAGUGGAGACAAUCCGAAGCAACCUUCAGUCAAGAUCGGACUUAACAACGGGAUACCAGAGGGGAUGAGUGCUCUGUUUGUGAGCGGUCUGUGCCGCUGGCCAGGCUGUGGAGUCGUAUCAGAAAAUUUCUCCACUUUCUUAAAGCACCUCCACUCUGAACACAGACACAAUGACAAAAGCAUCGCUCAGUGGAGGGUGCAGCAGGAUAUCGUCCAGUACAUGGAGCGUCAGCUCGUCCUGGAAAAACAAAAACUUCUCGCAAUGCAACUUCAUCUUUCAGAGAACAACUACUCUAACCUGGCUCAGGCAAUUAACGAAGACAGAAUCCAACUGGGGGAACUAAAAAAUCCAAGUCAGACACUCCAACGUGACUGGACAGCUAAAGCCUCCACACACCUGCUGCCAGAUUUGUUUCCAGGCAUUGAAUGCUACAAAUACAACAACAUCAGGCCUCCAUACACCUACGCUUACCUGAUAAGAUGGUCUAUCUUGGAGUCUCCAGACAAACAGAGGACUCUAAACGAGAUUUACAACUGGUUUACCACCAUGUUCUUCUACUUCAGACACAACACAGCAACGUGGAAGAAUGCAAUACGUCACAAUCUCAGCCUUCACAAGUGCUUUGUGCGAGUGGAAGGAGAGAAGGGAGCUGUGUGGACAGUGGAUGAAACAGAGUACCAGAGGAGGAAGGGGCAAAAAUAUCACCGAGACUGUCCAGUGAAGUGGCUGACUUCUUACUCCCAUUUCUGUUCAGAGGAGCCGACAGCAGCAGACAGCAGCACAGUGUCUCUCCUGUUGUCUAGAUGUUGAAGUCUGGUCCAAACUAUACAUUUUUGGAUUCAAAGUCAUUGUUUUUAUACAUGUUUUAUUUGAUUUUCUUAUUGUUUGUUGGCCUGACCAUAUGUGUUAUGUUUUAAUAUGAUUAAUGGUUGGUGGUUGUAUUAACUAAGAUCACUUAUUACACAAGCUGAAUUCUAAUUGUCCUUUUUUUCACACCAGUAAAAGAUUAGAGAAACAAAAUAAAACCUUUACUUUUUAUAUUGCCCUGAAUUACAAAGAACCUUUACUUUACAAACAAUAAAAUGGGCCACAAUCACAUUUAGUAAGACAACUUACUGUUAAAAAAAGAUUUCUCGGUGGCCAUGCUAACCAGCCAUGCUAACCUACUGCAGAGAAUAGGGCUGAGCGAUAUUGUCAGUGAAUGAUAUCGCAAUAUAAAUCUUUAAAUAUAUUGAUCUCAGAUUUUCCACAUCCUCUGCUUUUCUUUUCAUUUUAUUAUUUUUAUUGAAUUUGCCCAAAUAUGUAACUUCACCAACUUCAGCGCAUCAACGGGAAAAUGAAUGAGGCCAUGUAUCGCAAAAUCCUGGAUGAAAACUUCCUUGCCUCGGUCAGGUCACUGAAAAUGGAUCCUGGAUGGAUCCCAAAACCUGCAGCCGAGGAAAUAAAGAAGUUUCUCCAGAGGAAACAUAACAACGUCAUGGAAGAAUCUAUGGAGAGAGCUGAAGCCUUGUUUUCCAAACGCACGCCUAAAAACCUGAAGGAUUUGGAGAUGAUCUGCAGAGAGGAGUUACAUAUAAAAAACUACAAGACACAUCUGACUGCUGUGUUUCGCCAACAGGGGUUUUCCCACCAAGUAUUAAAUAUUGUUUCACUGGGGGGGUUCAAAUACUUAUUUCCUUCAGUAAAAUGCAAAUAAUUUUUAUGUAAUUUUCUCAGUUUUUUCUUCUGAUAUUCUUUGUCACUGUUAAAAUAAAGCUGACAUGAAAAUGUGA